UACAAAUUAAUCCUGGAUAUACGAGGCGCCAAAUGCUUGGAAUUUUAUAAUAAACGAAAUUGAUAAAACAAUAUGGAUCGCACAAUAAUUGUACCAUAUCGUGCCGAAGAAAAGGAACUAUCCCAUAUUUUAUACAAUGCAAUUCAGGGUUUAAUUCUUUUGCAUCCACCUACGGAAGAUUUGCGAAAAUGUUUGUCCGACGAGAUGUUCAUAAAACCCAAUCAACAGGCAUUCUUUCACAUAAUGCACUAUCUAUUUCGUCUCCUUGAUGCCCAGGAAUUCAAAAAAAGAUUUUUCUGGCCUAUCACGGAUAAACGCUCUGAAUCGAAUUUUCGCACCAGCACCGUGGAAUACCUUAAACAUAUCAAUGAGAAAUAUCAAUUGAAUUGGACUAACAUAAAAUCGUAUUUGGUGGUAAUGCCUGGGGGUAUGAAAUUUAUUAGUUUUCUCAUGGACUUUGUUAACUUUAUUGUACAAGAGUUGAUAAAACAGAAAGAAAAACAAAUGAAUAUAGAUGCCAACAAUUAUCGAUCGCAAGUUUCCGAAGCAAAUCUAUGGAAAAUGUGCGCAAAAAAUGAAAUUUUUAAAGAUAUGGCAUCAGAAUUCAUAGAUACUCUUGAGAAUAUUAAUACAAAGUUCGACGACAAGAGUCAAAAACUAACCGAACAAUUGGAAAUGCUUUCGCAUGAGACGGGUUUAAGUGUGGAUAUAUUGACAGAUGACAAAUUUCUGGAGCAUUUUGAAGGGAAUAACCAUCAACUAUUUGAACAGCACUAUAGAACUCGCGCAAAAAAGGUUUUGGAGAUGGAUAAUUUAAUUGGUGAACUAAAAGAAGCAAUGGAUAAGUUUUAUAGCAAGGAAACAGGCUACAAAUAUGACAAACAGCGAAUAUGUCUGCAGUUGCGACGUAUACGAGAUCAUUUUCCUAUUGAGGAGUUGGUAGAAGAAUCAUUCGGUUCUAAAGUAACGGAUGAGGGUGUCAACAUUAAUACCCUUAUUUCUACAUUCAAUGCUAUCAAUGAAACUAUUCAGAAUGAAUUAAAGAUUGUCAAUAAAAAACCCUGUGCUGGUGAGUUUGUAUAUUCACGUUUACUAAGUUUAAAAAAGGAACUACAAGAAAUGGAAGCACAAAUAACAGAUUUUAAAAAAAUGCUACAUGCUAAUAUGAAGAAAUGUAAAAAUGAUUUUCCCCAAACACCAGUUCGUACAAAAAUGAAUUGUCUAACAAAACGAAAGCUGGAAAAUAAUUUGCUUUUGAAAUUAGUUUCCACGCCACCCAUAAAAUUUGAGGUGCCCGAGGGUGGAGGAAAAUCAAGACUAGCCCUAGUAGACUCUAAAACAGUAAACACAAAUGAAACAGCAUUCAAUAACUUUUUAGCUCCACCGCGUGCAACAACGAUACGUCAAACGAAUCGUCAUCACAGUUUGGUGGAUCAAACAAUGGCUGAUUUAAAUAAUACCGUUAAUCGAUCGAAAAUUAUUGAUCCUAUGCAAUUGUUACGGUCAACUAGUAAGAAGGAUUCCUCAAAAUAUAAAACUACGCCACAAAUAAUCGUUUCAAAUUUGGGAACAAAAUGGAAGCAACGCCAGUCCUUAUUCAAUGACAACGACGAGGACGCAGCGCCUUUGUCAACCACUAUAUCAAUGGCUAACACACCAAAAACACAUUUUAAACCAUUGAAUAUGAGUAAAACAUCGCCACAAUCGUUUACUAAAACAGCUUCACCUACGAUGUUACAUCAAUCUCCAUUCACACCAUUCGGAUCGAAUGAUCGUACUCGCAUUGCUAGAACUCAAUAUCAAUUAGAUACGAGUGGCAUAGGCGGUAGUGUAGGAAAUAAUUCUGGUUCAACUUCAUUAAAUUAUGUUAAGAAAUUGUCGGCUGUAAAGAAGGUGCAGGACGCCUCUUUGAAUUUUGCCAAUCUAAGUACUAGUCCUUCUGGCCGCUUGGAACCCUUAGUUAUAGCUGAGUAUUCCGAUAUACCUAAGCUGAAGCUAAAUGAUAUAUCCUUGAUUGAACAUAAUUUGAGUUUAAAUAACUCUAUGGUUUAUGAUAAACCAAAAGUGUUGGUAAACUCUCCUGUCACCAAUAUAACCAUAAACGAUGAAAACAAUCCUAAUACAAACAACAUAAGCCGACAUAAUAAUGAAUCGGGCAAUAAAUAUGAGGCAGAGGAAGAUGCCCUUUUUAAUAUAAGUGAUAGCGUUUUAAAAGACGUUACUUUAUAAGUUUUUUUUAUUUUCUAAAGACUGUUACGCAUUAAUAAAAGUUUUUAUAUACAAAUACUA